GUAGGCAAUCUCUGGCUUUUUGGUGCCAUGUGAGUUGGCUUGCCUGAGAGCAGCAUGCUAAGUGCAAAGCUUAGAGCAGAAGGACAGCCCUGGAAGAACAGAGUUCUUAGAUUGCUGAAGAAGAAAGUGAACGAGUGACAAACAUUCUGUCUGUGGUGCUUUGCAGAGCCUGUGAUGUGGCAGGUUUCCCCUUCUUCGUACCACGGGGUUAGAAUUCCACUUCUGGUUUGACCGUCCUUUCCUUUCAUCAUGGGGGAGCUUUUCCGAAGUGAGGAGAUGACCCUGGCCCAGCUUUUCCUCCAGUCGGAAGCUGCGUACUGUUGUGUCAGCGAGCUAGGAGAGCUUGGAAAGGUUCAGUUUCGUGAUUUGAACCCCGAUGUGAAUGUGUUCCAGCGUAAAUUUGUUAACGAAGUCAGGAGGUGUGAAGAGAUGGACCGGAAACUCAGGUUCGUUGAGAAAGAAAUUAAAAAAGCAAACAUCCCGAUCUUGGACACUGGUGAGAACCCAGAAGUGCCUUUCCCACGUGACAUGAUUGAUUUAGAGGCAAACUUUGAGAAAAUUGAAAAUGAGCUUAAAGAGAUCAACACAAACCAGGAAGCUCUGAAGAGAAACUUCCUCGAGCUGACAGAAUUAAAAUUUAUACUGCGCAAAACUCAGCAGUUUUUUGAUGAGGCUGAAUUGCAUCAUCAGCAGAUGGCGGAUCCAGACCUGCUGGAGGAAUCCUCUUCGCUCCUGGAGCCAAGUGAGAUAGGAAGAGGUGCCCCUCUACGACUUGGAUUUGUGGCCGGCGUGAUCAAUCGGGAGCGAAUCCCCACCUUUGAGCGCAUGUUGUGGCGAGUGUGUCGAGGGAACGUGUUCCUGCGUCAGGCUGAAAUCGAAAACCCCCUGGAGGAUCCUGUGACGGGUGACUACGUGCACAAGUCUGUGUUUAUUAUUUUUUUCCAAGGUGAUCAACUAAAAAAUAGAGUCAAGAAAAUCUGUGAAGGGUUCCGUGCUUCCCUCUACCCCUGCCCGGAGACCCCGCAGGAGAGGAAAGAAAUGGCUUCUGGAGUCAAUACCAGGAUUGAUGAUCUUCAAAUGGUGCUGAACCAAACAGAGGAUCAUCGCCAGAGGGUCCUGCAGGCCGCUGCUAAAAAUAUCCGCGUCUGGUUCAUCAAAGUGCGGAAGAUGAAGGCCAUCUACCAUACCCUGAACCUGUGCAACAUCGAUGUGACCCAGAAGUGUUUGAUUGCUGAGGUCUGGUGCCCCGUGACUGACCUCGAUUCCAUCCAGUUUGCUCUCCGAAGGGGCACUGAGCACAGCGGGUCCACUGUUCCAUCCAUUCUGAACAGGAUGCAAACCAAUCAGACCCCGCCAACUUACAACAAAACCAACAAGUUCACUUCUGGCUUUCAGAAUAUAGUAGACGCCUAUGGCAUUGGAACCUACCGAGAGAUAAAUCCAGCUCCGUACACAAUUAUCACUUUCCCGUUCCUGUUUGCUGUGAUGUUUGGAGACUUUGGCCAUGGAAUCCUGAUGACGCUAAUUGCUGUGUGGAUGGUGGUUAGGGAAAGUCGCAUUCUGUCGCAGAAGAAUGACAAUGAGAUGUUCAGUACCAUUUUUAGUGGCCGGUACAUCAUUCUGCUGAUGGGAGUGUUCUCCAUUUACACCGGCCUUAUCUACAAUGACUGCUUCUCCAAAGCACUUAAUAUGUUUGGCUCGUCAUGGAGCGUCCGGCCGAUGUUCUUGAAAGGCAACUGGACAGAAGACUUACUUCGGGACACCCCUGUGCUGCAGCUGGACCCUGCUGUGCCAGGAGUCUUUGGUGGACCGUAUCCAUUUGGCAUCGACCCAAUUUGGAAUAUUGCCAGCAACAAGCUGACUUUCCUCAACUCCUUUAAGAUGAAGAUGUCUGUGAUUCUCGGCAUCGUCCACAUGCUUUUUGGUGUCACACUGAGCCUUCUCAACCACAUCUAUUUCAAGAAACCAUUGAACAUCUACCUUGGAUUUAUUCCUGAAAUGAUUUUCAUGUCGUCAUUGUUUGGCUAUCUUGUUAUCCUCAUUUUCUACAAGUGGUCUGCUUAUGAUGUUCACACUUCAAAGGAUGCUCCAAGCCUUCUGAUCCAUUUUAUCAACAUGUUUCUCUUUUCCUAUAAUGAUCCCAGUAUCAAGAUGCUUUAUAAAGGACAGCUAGGGCUUCAGUGCUUCCUGGUGGUUGUUGCGCUGCUGUGUGUGCCAUGGAUGCUGGUAGUUAAACCCUUGGUCCUUCGCCAUCAGUAUUUAAGGAGAAAGCAUUUGGAAGGGCAACCCGUGGCGGGCCAAGUCAGCACAGUCCAGAACGAGCAGGCACUAGAGGCAGCAGCGGCUGCAACAGGAACUCACAACUUCGGUGGGAUCCGGGUGGGCAAUGGACCGACUGAAGAAGAUGCAGAGAUAAUUCAACAUGACCAGCUUUCUACCCAUUCUGAAGAUGGAGAUGAGCAUGCAGAGGAUGAGGUGUUUGAUUUUGCGGAUACGGUAGUACAUCAGGCCAUCCAUACCAUUGAGUAUUGCCUGGGGUGCAUUUCCAACACAGCGUCCUACCUGCGACUGUGGGCUCUCAGCCUGGCCCAUGCACAGCUUUCCGAGGUGCUCUGGACAAUGGUCAUCCACAUCGGCCUCAGCAUGAGAAGUCUGGCUGGAAGUUUAGCUUUGUUCUUCAUCUUUGCUGCUUUCGCUACCCUGACCGUGGCAAUCCUUCUGAUCAUGGAGGGCCUGUCUGCUUUCCUUCACGCACUCCGUCUGCACUGGGUUGAAUUCCAGAAUAAGUUCUACAUGGGCACUGGAUUCAAGUUCCUCCCCUUCUCGUUUGACAACAUCCGGGAAGGAAAAUUUGACGAUUAGAAACCUCAUCACCCUAACUGAGCGGUGUUACUCCAAGGCUGUUGUGUUGUGCAGUGGCUAGCCCUAUGUGUGUGUGUGUGUGUGUGUGUGUGUGUGUUGUGAAGUUGUGUGUAGCUCUCCCCACAGUGAUGUGCUUCUUCUGCGAAAUUAACUUAUAUUGCAGUUCCCGGAGUAUCUGUCUGAAGUGGCACAGUGGAGAGCUGUGAGCAACACGGUAGCAAGCUUAGCUGACAUCACGUCUGUCCCUUCUUUCCUAAGUGAACAGCUUGCCGAGUGCUGCGCGUGUUUACAGCCAGGGUCUCAUAGGAACGUCCAGACUCGGUGUAUUUAAUCAUGUAUCCAAUGAUGCUGUACAAAAACUGGCUCCUUGGCUAAAGCACUGAGGGACAGACCCCACCUCCUAUUGCAUUAGGAACAGGCCGUGCAAACUUCAGCCUGCCCGUAGCCCAGCUGAUCUGAGGGGGAAGCCUUUAGAGGGAGGAGUCUAGUGUCUUUGCCACCUUUUGUUUAAACCCACUGAUGGUCAAAGGCGUUUGGGGGAAGCUGGGGCCACGUACAGCCCAGAGCAGUCACUGUGGCUUCUAUCUGUUCCGUGAUCUCGCUGAGCUGUUCUGCUCACAGAUUCAGAAUGCUGCUCUCUUCCCAUCCUGCUGCUGGGCCUGGGUGCUUCCUGGCAGGGGGCAGGGGGAGGGUAGUAGAGCAUGCUUCCC